AUGAGCACAGAUCGCAUCUAUAUUCUUCUUGCGACUCUGCUGACAGCUAAUAUUAUAGCUCAAGCACAAAGACCAAAUGAUCAAAUUCCAAUAAUAAGAUUCGAAACUGAUGGUCCAAACGUCGAUGGCUCCUACAAAUGGCUAUAUGAAACUGGAAAUGAAAUUAACGCUGCAGAAUCUGGAUAUGUUAAGAAUUUUGGAAAGGGGGAAGGACAGGAAAUACAAGUUGCAGAAGGACAAUUCAGUUAUAAAGCUCCUGAUGGUUCACCAAUUGCUCUCACGUAUAUCGCUGAUGAAAAUGGCUUCCAGCCACAGGGAGCGCAUCUGCCAACACCACCACCUAUUCCCCCAGCAAUCCAAAGGGCAUUAGACUACUUGAAGACUCUUCCACCUUCAGCUGACUCCAACGUUCCAAGAGGUGCAUCAUUCAGAGGAAAACGUUAA